AUGCUGCUCAGACAAGGCAUGAAGCCGCCGUUCAAUUCCUGCGAGAUUCAAACAUCGGGAGACAUUCACCAGGCAGAGUUUAUGUUCAGAAACAUUGCCCUGGAGGGCCUCAGAGGUUUGGAUUGUGAAGACAAAAAUUCGGAUCAGGCGACAUUGUGGAUGUUGGGCAGGGAACAGAGCUUGGGCGGAUUGUGCUUGGACAACGAGGAGCUUGAGGAUCCAGUCAUCAAGGCAAUGAGGGCGGCUGACCUUCUUUACAAGGAGACUGAUUCCCUGCAGCCGAUCGAUUGCUACAUCAGAACUCGGCCGCGCAGUCUGAGCCUGCCAAUGUAUGGGUAUGCGGAUGGUAUGGGUGAGCCGUCGCCCUUCUUUGUCUUUGGAUCAGCGCCUUGCGAAGAAGCUGAGUCGUACCCUGGAUCCGACAAUGACGAGCCAGCAGACCACCGGGGACUGGCGGACGAGGAUUUCGCGAAGCUCUGCGCAAUCAAAAUCCAACCUGGCUCCUCUGGAGAAAACCUGCCUGUUCUCGAUAAUUCCGCAAGCCGUGCAGGCGAAGCGUACAAACGCCGCACUGCGGAGACAAGAUCUACAGAACAUAGAUCAGAUGUUUUGCUGUCACCCCCUGCGACUCCGGAGGAAUUCAUCUAUGGUGAAGCACGAGUAGUGCAGAUGCGGGCAUCGAAAGCGCAACUUAAGUUGAGAGAGACUCGAUCACUAGACGACCUGGAACUGGAGCAAACACGAUGCCGUCGUACUGAAUUCAACACGGCUUCAGUUGCGAAACAGGUAACAUCACCUGUCGAUAAUCCAGAAGCCAAAAGCCGGCACUUGUCCAUCAAUGACAAACCAUAUCCGGGCAACGGCCUCCUUCAUUUGCCUGAGGCCAGAUUUGUCAAAGCCCACACAACGACGAUACGGAAAUCGCCCACUUUUGUCAAGCGCCUACCAAAGCCUGCGAAAGACUCAUACGUUCAUCGCGGAACCGAUGCAGCAGAGUUCGAUGAAGAGAGACAUGAGCUGAAUGAGCUAUUCCAACCAGUGCUACCUAUGGUCGAGGACCUUGUGAUCCACGUAACAGGCCAAGAACCCGAUCCAGUCUUGGGCAUGGUGAUUCACUACUUCAAGGCCGGGGCAUUUCCAGUGGCACCAUUUCCUGCUUCGUUGCAAACUGAGCCAACAGACUCGUGCCCUUCGACCCCUAGGACGGCAGACUUAUUCGAUCUAGAAGACGAUGCAGAUGUCGGCUUAUCUCCAGUGGUUGAACAUCCAGGGGCUGAAGACAUAGGGGAGUAUGACCCCUUCGCCGCACGAGGACGUGACGUACGGUCAUCUAGUCUCGCCCUCCAACCACCAAGUCCUCCUCCUCCAGCAGGCGUGCAACCGGAUUCGCGUCAGCCACCAAUGCCAGCUCAGGCAUCCCCGCCAAUACCAAGAGAGAGGGAGUCCAGGUUCCAUGAGUUUUCGACAGCAGGAAAACCGAAUGCAGUCGCCAUUCAGAAUGCACUCAGAUCUGUGUUGGAGGUAUACUUUCCUCCGCAACAAGAUGAUUGUUUUCGCCAAUUCCAGUUUUCCAUGUUCCGUGAAAUUGGUAGCCUGUGGCGGCCGAUAUUUGGGGAUAACGAAUCUUGUGGCGGUGAACGUGACGAGAACAGGCCGGAUAUGAUCCUGGCGCUGGGUCGACAGAAUGGUGUGAAGAGGGAAUUCCUAUCCGCAUUGACCGGCCAGAUCGAAAAGCUCGGGGCAAGAUCGAGUGGCAUGUCUCGAAGCGGUCGCUUGGAUUUGAGAUAUCUGAUAGCCAACGCGAUGCAAUCUUUCACCACCCAGCCACUCGCUCAACAAACAUUCAGCAACCGUUUCGACAACCCCUACCUGCUGGCAGGUCUUAUCAUUCCUCAGCUGGAAACGUACCUGGCAACAAAUUACGGCACCCGUUUUCUCUUACUCGAGUACCCGGAAGAGCAUUUGUCAACGAUUCUAGCUCUUCAGAAAAUGGUCGGCAUGGAUGUACUCAAAGUCGCUGGGGUAAUCGACUCCGAGGCUACCUCCCCUUGCCCCUCGGGAAUUUCGUCUCCGAUCUCGAGCAGGAACAACUCUCAAUCCAUCGCCUCGUUCAACGAUGCAGACACCAUCGGCCUGGACUCCGUCAAUCUGCCCGGCUCACCCUUCUUAGAUGACAGGGCAAAGACAACUUCGGCCUACCCAAAGAGGUACUCAUUUUCCGAAGCCAACUACCUACUCACGUGCUCAGCCACCGAGUCCGAGAUCUCUGUCUUCAUCUCGACCAUAUUGAAACAACUAAUCAACAUCGACGUGUUCUACAUGCCCGAAAUCAACCCCCCUCAGGGCCGGCCCGGCACGGCACGGUCCACGAAGAGCACCCUCGCAGGCGCGGGCCUGCCGACCCUGAUGAGCAAAUUCACCCUCCAGGGAGCCAACGGCUCGCCCGCGUACACGCACACCGCGGUCUUCGGCCCGGCCGGGAACCUGCCCGUGUCGCCACCGUACACCAACGACGGGGACGCCGAGUCAGGGCGGAGCACCCCGCGGGCCGCCACGGCCCCAGUAGGAGUGCACAACUUCCCAUUCCCUCCGCCUCCACCUCCGCGGUCUCCCUCGCCGGCGCCCUCUGGUGCCAGCUCGAGGUCCCGCGGGAUGGGCGGGCACAUCUCUGGGCAAGGUCAGCGUCAGCGGUCGCUGACCCGGCGGAGGCUGGGAAAGCCGGCCAAUGAGGGCGGUGGUGACGAUGGAGCUAGCAUGUAUGCUGUUAGUGUUGUGGAGGAUGGUGAAUUCUAUGACGAGGAGGAGAAGCGGCUGAUGCCGAUGUACAUGCGGCAGAGCGAGUUGAGGAAGGGAAAUAGUCGAAAGGCUUUGAAAUGGCUGGGUUUAGCAUGA